AUGGAUGAAAAAUUUGAGGAACAAAACAAGCUUCCGGAGCUCAAACUCGAUGCCAAGCAAGCUCAAGGGUUUCUCUCAUUCUUCAAAACGCUACCCAGUGACACUAGGGUUGUUCGGUUUUUCGAUCGCCGAGAUUAUUACACAGCUCAUGGGAACAAUGCAACUUUCAUAGCAAAGACUUAUUACCAUACUACAACUGCUUUACGGCAGUUGGGUAGUGGACCUGGUGCCAUCUCUAGUGUUAGUAUGAGUAGAAACAUGUUUGAGACAAUAGCCCGUGACCUUCUCCUGGAGAGGACUGAUCACACUCUUGAGUUGUAUGAGGGUAGUGGCUCAAACUGGAGAUUAGUUAAAACUGGGACCCCUGGGAAUCUUGGAAGUUUUGAGGACAUUCUUUUUGCAAAUAAUGAAAUGCAAGAUUCUCCCGUAAUUGUAGCUCUUGUUCCAAACAUUCGUGAAAAUGGAUGCGUUGUUGGGUUAGGUUAUGUUGAUCUUACUAAGAGAAUGCUUGGAUUGACAGAAUUUCUUGAUGAUAGCCACUUCACAAAUGUAGAAUCUGCUUUGGUUGCUCUUGGUUGCAAAGAAUGUCUUGUUCCUGUGGAGAGUACCAAAUCUAGUGAAUGUAGAGCUUUGCAAGAGGUAAUGGCAAGAUGUGGUGUAAUGGUAACUGAAAGAAAGAAAUCUGAGUUUAAAGGAAGAGAUUUGGUGCAGGAUCUUGGUAGACUUGUUAAAGGUUCCAUAGAACCAGUUCGGGAUUUAGUCUCUGGGUUUGAGUUGGCACCCGGAGCAUUGGGAUCCAUACUUUGUUAUGCAGAACUUCUUGCAGAUGAGAAUAAUUAUGGAAACUACACAAUUAGAAGGUAUGACCUUGACAGUUACAUGAAGUUAGAUUCUGCUGCUAUGAGGGCACUAAAUGUCCUGGAGAGCAAGUCGGAUGCAAACAAGAACUUUAGCUUGUUUGGCCUCAUGAAUAGAACCUGUACAGCUGGAAUGGGUAAAAGACUGUUGCACAUGUGGCUUAAACAGCCUUUACUGGAUGUAAAUGAAAUUAACUGUCGGCUGGAUUUGGUGCAAGCAUUUGUUGAGGAUGCUGAACUUCGCCAAGAUCUGAGGCAACAUUUGAAACGAAUUUCAGAUGUUGAGCGGUUGGUGCGCAAUCUUGAGAAGAAGAGAGCUGGCUUGGUGCAUAUUGUAAAACUUUAUCAGUCAAGUAUCAGACUUCCAUAUAUCAAAGGUGCUUUGGAAAGACAUGAUGGGCAAUUUGCAUCAUUGAUUAAGGAAAGGUAUUUGGACCAUCUAAACUAUUGGACUGAUGAUAAUCACCUAAGUAAGUUCAUUGGUCUUGUGGAAACUUCAAUUGACCUUGAUCAACUGGAGAAUGGGGAGUACAUGAUUUCUGCUGCCUAUGACUCAAACUUAUCCUCUUUAAAAAAUGAGCAAGAGUCACUAGAGCGGCAAAUUCGCAAUUUGCAUAAGGAAACUGCCAAUGAUCUUGAUUUAGCUAUUGAUAAAGCACUUAAGCUAGAUAAAGGACCGCAGUUUGGACAUGUCUUCAGAAUUACCAAGAAGGAAGAGCCUAAAGUUAGGAAGAAACUGAACACCCAAUUUAUUAUUCUUGAAACUAGAAAAGAUGGAGUGAAAUUUACCAAUACCAAACUCAAGAAACUCGGGGACCAAUACCAAAAGAUAGUUGAGGAGUAUAAAAACUGCCAGAAAGAACUGGUAGCUCGAGUAGUUCAAACUGCUUCAAGUUUCUCUGAGGUAUUUGAGGGUAUAGCUGUGCUGCUCUCUGAGUUGGAUGUAUUGCUCAGUUUUGCGGAUCUGGCUGCUAAUUGCCCAACUCCUUACACAAGGCCAGACAUCACCCCUCCAGAUGUGGGAGAUAUUGUACUAGAAGGAAGUAGACAUCCUUGUGUGGAAGCUCAAGAUUGGGUCAAUUUCAUUCCAAAUGAUUGUAAGCUAGUUAGGGGAAAGAGUUGGUUUCAGAUUAUUACUGGGCCCAACAUGGGUGGAAAAUCUACAUUCAUACGACAGGUCGGGGUCAAUAUCCUGAUGGCACAAGUUGGUUCAUUUGUUCCCUGUGACAAAGCUAGCAUUUCUGUUCGUGACUGCAUUUUUGCCCGUGUAGGAGCUGGAGAUUGCCAGCUUCGUGGAGUUUCAACUUUUAUGCAAGAAAUGCUUGAGACUGCAUCAAUCCUGAAAGGAGCUACUGAUAAAUCAUUGAUUAUUAUUGAUGAAUUAGGCCGUGGAACAUCAACUUAUGAUGGAUUUGGCUUAGCUUGGGCCAUUUGUGAGCACAUUGUUGAAGUGAUUAAAGGACCUACACUAUUUGCCACUCACUUCCAUGAGCUGACUGCACUGGCUAAUGAACAUAUGGAUAGCGAUCACUCCAAUAACAGUGCUGGUAUAACAAAUUAUCAUGUUAGUGCACACAUUGACUCUACAAAUCGCAAGUUAACUAUGCUUUACAAGGUUGAACCAGGUGCCUGUGAUCAAAGUUUUGGGAUUCAUGUUGCAGAGUUUGCGAACUUUCCAGAGAGUGUAGUUGCCCUUGCAAGGGAAAAGGCAGCUGAGUUGGAAGAUUUCUCACCUGCAUCUAUUAUUACUUCUGAUGCUAAAGAGGCAACCUCCAAGCGCAAGAGAGAAUUUGACUCUGAUGAUGUGUCUAGAGGGGCUGCCCGAGCCCGUCAGUUCCUAAAGGAUUUCUCCGAGUUGCCACUAGACAAGAUAGAUAUGAAUCAAGCUUUGCAAAACUUAAAAGAAUUGAAAGCAAAGUUGGAGAAGGAUGCAACAAAUAACCCUUGGCUUCAGCAAUUCUUCUAAUAGAAUAGUACUUGGGAUGAUCACCGCACUCCAAGAACAUUGACGCCGUGAAUGUUAUUAUUCGGCAAUCUUCCAGGUACCCUGCGAAUACAGUUUUCUUAUUUCUUUGCAAAUAGCUGGUUCUGUAUGUGGAAGCAUGAUAAUCUUGGUAGUUUUGAGGAUAUAUUUGACCUAGAUGCAUGUUGUUCAAUGAGUACAUUGAUCCUGUUAACCUUAAAGCAGUUGGGUUUUGUAUGUAUAUAAUCUUAUGAACAUUACUGGACAAAAUAGAAUCCUCUCUGCCGUGUUAUUA